AGCUCCAGCUCCAACCACACCCAAGCUCUCCGGACUCACUCUUCCACCUGAUCUUGAUCAGCCACCUGUGUUUGAAAUAUCGACCAGACGCUUGUGACCAGACCCUUCACAUAAGCCAACAAGCUCGAAACCUUUGCCAUCCUGACCUGGCGGCCGUUUUAUCUCGGUUUUCUUUCAUAUUCACCUUUCAUUCGUGACCUGUUGCAUCAUCGCUACCCCGCCAUCACAUCGCGGUCGUACGAACCCCUCCUCGAGAUCCAAGGCAUUCCCCGAAGUCACCAGAAUAGCAAGUUUCUGGAGAUCGCGAUUUAUUGUCCCAAUAACCAAAACACCCCCAUUCACUUUCAUAUAAGACCCGAAGUCCUCCCGAAAACAAAUAAACAUUUCCUACCGAACGAGCCCAGCCGCUGCUGCCAACGCCGCCGACGAGACCCCACGGGCGUCCCGUUUCGCCCAACAUGACGGAACUCAAGUUCUCUGCCUUCACGUCGCAAAUAGAACUACCCUUCUAUUCCGCACUAUUCUCCUCGAAACUCGACCAUGACAAGCUCGACGACUCGGCCCGGUUUGUACUGGGCACAUACGAGUCGAAUCCGCUGGCGACCCCGGAGGCGAGCACCCGCAUGCAGAUCCUCGGAAAUGCGCUGACAAGCAACGCAAUCGCUUUGGGGCAGUGUCGAGCCGAGGGCAUGAUUAAGAAUGUUAAUACGAUGGAAGACUUCAAGUCGGCAGACAAAAGUGCCAUGCUGAAGACGGCGGGCCGGCAGAUAUGGGACGCCAUCAAGGACGGGACGAUCUACUCCAUCCCGUCACUCCUAUCCGCCUUUACCAUACUCUCCUACGCCGACCUGAAAAAGUACCGUUUCACGUACUGGUUCGCGUUCCCAGCGCUCCAUUCCGACCCUCAGUGGAAGCGGACAGCUCCGAUCGGCAAGCUCACCCCAAAAGAAAGCGAAUCUCUGGUCGAGAAGGUUGGCACAUGGCGUUACGGAGUAGACAACAGGCAAUACGGAUUCUUCCUGGUCAAACGAACACGCGGCGGGGAGGACAAUCGAUCUAAGAACUCAUUUGACUCCUCGGCCGAGGACCUGGGAUUCACAUGGGAAGUUGGCGCGCUCCGUGAUUUCGAGGACGGUUUCUUCGAGGGGGUGGCCGAGGAAGAUCGGUUUGUCUCUUUUGUCGAUCCUUCGAGUUACCCCGAGCAUCCGUCAUGGCCACUGCGAAACCUGUUGGUCCUUGUGCGCCAGCGCUUCCACUUUACCAAGGUGAAUAUCUUGUGCUACAGAGACACCCAGGCCAGACGGCACGAAGCUCGAAGCAUCAUCCUGCCGCUCGCUAUGGACAGCGUGCCGGAGAUGGAGACGACGCAGAUGCCAAAGGUCACGGGAUGGGAGCGCAACGUCACUGGGAAACUGCAGGCCCGACAGGCCAAUCUCGCCGAGUACAUGGACCCGACCAAGCUUGCUGAGCAAGCUGUCGACCUCAACCUCAAGUUGAUGAAGUGGCGCAUAUCCCCAAAUCUGGACCUGGACUCUAUCAGGAAUACCUCCUGCCUUCUUCUCGGUGCAGGAACCCUGGGGAGCUACGUAUCACGGAACCUGAUGGGGUGGGGUGUGCGGAAGAUCACAUUCGUCGACUACGGCUCAGUCUCAUUUUCGAAUCCUGUUCGACAACCGCUAUUCGAGUUCAAGGACUGUCUCGAGGGGGGCGCUCCUAAGGCGAAGAGGGCGGCCGAGGCGCUACAGGCCAUCAACCCAGGGGUAGAAAGCGAAGGCCAUGCCCUUUCCGUACCUAUGCUUGGCCACCCGAUCACGGACGAGGCCAAGACAAAGGAGGAGUUCUCGAAAUUGAAGGAGCUGGUCGAAUCUCACGACGUCGUCUUCCUGCUGAUGGACAGCCGGGAGUCGCGGUGGCUGCCCACGGUCAUGGGCAAGGCGGCGGGGAAGAUAGUCAUGAACGCCGCGCUGGGCUUCGACACCUACGUCGUGAUGCGGCACGGCGCCACCCCGAAGGACGGUUCCGACAAGACCUUGGGGUGCUACUUCUGUAAUGAUGUCGUAGUAGCGACAGACUCUCAAAAGGAUCUCACCCUCGACCAGCAGUGCACCGUCACCCGGCCCGGCGUGGCAGCAAUCGCGUCCGCGCUGCUCGUCGAGCUGCUCGCCAGCGUCCUGCAGCACCCCGAGCGCCAACACGCAGCGGCCCCCAAGCCCACCGCUGCCGCUGACUCCUCUUCCUCAUCAUACGAGCGGGAUCCCCCAGACCACCCGCUGGGCAUCGUGCCCCACCAGAUCCGGGGCUUCCUGUCGACGUUCCAGAACAUGAUGAUCCGCGGCGAGUCGUACCCGUGCUGCAGCGCGUGCAGCAACCCCGUCCUCGAGGCGUACCAGAAGGACGGCUGGGGCUUCGUGAAGAAGGCCCUGGAGGAGAAGGACUAUGUCGCUGAGCUUUCUGGCCUCGCCGAGGUGCAGAGGCGGGCUGAGGCCAUGGCGGCUGAGGUUGACUUUAGCGACGAGGAGGGCGAGGAUGACGGGGAGGCGGUGAUGCUUUGAUUUGUGAUGAUAUUACGCUGUAAAUGAAUUGCAUGCCGAGGGAGGCGAGAAGCAAUCUUUUUUUCUUUUCUUUUCUUUUCUUUCAAGCAUUGUUGGACGUCUUCUAUUGAGACCUCGGGUCUUGCGGCGUACUUAUGUUGGUGUAUUUUGUACUUACGAGUUAUGCCUCUCGAAGGACGAGAGGACCGGAUAUGCCGUCCACUGAAUAGAUACAAUCGAAUUCCAUGAGAUA